CUCUCUCCCAUAUACUCUCAUGUCUAAAACACCAGUCACACCAGCCAUGAGCCAACCAAUCCCCCAUUUUUCUCUUUAUCUAAUCCAUUCUUGAGCCGUUUCUAUCUUCUUCUGGCCCCGGGUUUCCUUCAAGAUUCAUUCUUUGCUUUGCUUCCUCUGUUUAACCGCAUUGCAGCUGCAGCCAUGGAUGCCCUUGUUCACAUUCUGCAUUUCGUCGCCGGAAUCUUUGGAAAUGCGACUGCUUUGUUUCUCUUCCUCGCACCACUGAUUACAUUCAAGAGGAUCGUGGCCAAGAAAUCCACAGAACAGUUCUCCGGCUUGCCUUACGUCAUGACCAUGCUCAACUGUUUGCUUUCUGCUUGGUAUGGGAUGCCAUUUGUGUCACCGGACAACUUGCUGGUUUCCACAAUCAACGGGACUGGGGCGGUGAUCGAGUUCAUCUACGUCAUAGUCUUCCUUGUCUUUGCACCCAAGAAAGGGAAGAAGAAAAUAGGGGCACUUUUGGCUUUAGCCCUUUCUGUGUUUGCUGCAAUUGCACUGGUUUCCAUCCUUGCUUUACAUGGAAAUGUAAGGAAGUUUUUCUGUGGUGUAGCUGCCACCAUCUUCUCCAUUGCCAUGUACGGUUCCCCGCUCUCAAUCAUUAGAGUGGUGAUCAAGACCAAGAGUGUGGAGUUCAUGCCAUUCUUCUUGUCUCUCUUUGUGUUCUUGUGUGGCACUUCUUGGUUCAUCUUUGGGCUGCUUGGGAAGGACCCCUUUGUUGCUAUACCGAACGGAUUCGGGUGUGGGUUGGGAGCGGCGCAGCUGAUCUUGUACGCCAUUUACUGCGACCCGAAGAAAUCAACCACCAAAACACCAGCAUCCCCGGGAAAGGCAGUGGAAAUCACUGGCAAACUCCAAGAAGAAGAAGAAGACAUGAAGAUGAAGAAGGGGCAAAACCUGUCAAUAAGAGGAGGGGAUCUGGUUUAGAUAGACUUAUAAUAAGUAUAUGUAUGCAUGUGUUGUGAUUUUGGAAAUGCUUCUCUCUGUGUUGAAUGUUGAUGGAUUGAUCUUUGUGAACCAGUUGCGUGUUGUGUGAGUGUUGAUUGGUCUUUUUGUGAGAGUCACAUUUUCAGUGCAUUAUGAGUGUUGAUCUCAUCAACUUUAUUCUAUUGUUAGAUUGACUUGCACGUUUUUUUUAUCAAAUUAAUUUAUUCUGUGCUU